GUUGCUCACGUGGUACAGAUGCAGACUUUCGAGGAAUGCAAGCAGUAAAUUGUGUUAGAAAUGUCAAUAGCGUGAUGAAUCGAGUCAAAUAUUAGACUGUAUGCUAUGAAUUCAUGUCUUAAAACAAACAAAUCGUUUCGCACGUUUUCGUUACAGAUAUGGCACUUCUAAAAGUUGGUAGUAAAGCACCGGUUUUCGUGACCCACUUGGAAUUCAUUGAUUCGGAAUGUCAAAUAUUUUGUCAAGUUGGUGAUAUUGGUGGUCAAGCAGACACACUCGCAGAAAGGGUUACUGAAAGUGUAGAAAAUGGUCUUGCCGCUCAAAUAUCUGGAUGUAACGUUGGAGAUUUGUGUUUGGCUCUAUUUCAUGAAGACAAGAGCUGGUACAGAGCAAGAGUUCUACAAAAUUUGGGCCAUUCAUUGAAAGUUUUUUUCAUUGAUUAUGGUAACACUGAAAUUGUCAAAAUGACUGAUAUGCGUGCAGCUCCAGAUUAUGUUCUUGCAAUUCCGGCACUUUCAACAAAAUGUGUUGUUAGUGAUUGUACACCUUUGAGUGGAGUUUGGACAGAUGAGGAAAAGAAGAAAAUUGAAACCAUGCUGCAUAGUGGAGAAUUUACCUGUGAAAUAAUGGGGACUGACAAUUCUGAUGCGAAUAAUGAAGUUUACACAGUUAAAUUGUACAACAAUGAUGCACCCAAUACACCAAUUUUCGUUAGACCAGCACCAAGUUCAAGCCAAUCCCUGAAACUACAGAAUCUAUCAAUUGGUUUAGAGUAUGAAGUGUAUGUUGCAUAUGUGGAGUCAGCCAGAAAGUUCUGGGUGCAGUUAAAGAGCCAUGAGACUGAUCUGAAUUCACUAAUGGCUGAUAUUGGUGCAUGUUUCGCUGAAGACCUACCUUCAACUGGUGACAUUGUAAAUCCGACAAAUGGUCAAGUGUGUGCUGCGUGUUUUAGUGAUGAUGGUGCUUUUUAUCGGGGCAUUGUUAAAAAUGUUCAGGGUGGCUCUUGUUCAGUAUUUUUCGUGGACUAUGGUAAUAAGGAAGAAAAGCGCACAUCUGAGCUUUUUACAUUGCCACAAGCUCUCUGCAUGCUUCCUAUGCAAGCUGUACCAUGCUCUUAUAAAGUUGAAAGUCAAGCUAUUGAAGACAAACUACAUAAGCUGGCAGAGGAUGAUGGUCCAUCAGUCUUGAAAGUUUUGUCUGGAAGUGCUAAUUCAGGAUAUGUUGUAGAGAUCAAAUCGGUAGAGAAGAUAUUAAAUAUGUCAAAAGUUACAACUCAGACUGUGCAGGCCAAAAGUGCAACAAAAAUGUGGCAGAGCUAUACUUCAGUGGCAAUGCAGGUUGAUGGAAUCUAUGAUGUCUGUUUAUCACAUGUAGAACAUCCAGGACAGUUUUAUGUGCAGCUUCUUGGGAAUGCAAGUAAUCUUGAUAAGCUAAUGCAAGCAGUUGAUGAAGUAGCCCACAACUAUGAUAAGUUGACAAACCUGUAUCAGGGGUAUCCGUGUCUUGCCAAGUUUAGUGAUGGAAGUUGGUAUAGAGGGGAGGUUGUUACAGCAGAAGUUGGAAAGACAGUUGUUGCAGCUGUAGACUUUGGAUUUAUUGAAGAAGUUCAACCAAGUCAGUUGAGAAAUACUGAUCCUAACUUUAAAUUGCAACCAGCACAGGCUGUGCAGUGUACUAUAGACAUGAACAAAACUGAUCAGAGUCAUUGGAAAACACCUGACAUUGAAAGGUUUAAAGCUAUCGCAGAGAAGAGUGCUCUAGUUGCCAAGGUGUCAUCUAAGAAAGGAUGCAUACAUCAGGUAGACCUGUAUGAAACAGAAAAUGGAGUAGAAAGGGAUUUAAAUGCUGAAUUAUCGUGUGGAUCAGAUUUAGUUUCUGGAAAAAUGCCAUUACAGUCCAAGCAAAGACCUCAGCCAGUUGCUGCUGCUCCGACACUUUGCCCGCCAGAAGUGUCAGUUGGAUCAACAUAUAACUUGUGCUUCACUGCUGUUAAAUCACUCUACAUUUAUGGACAACUUACAAGCACACCUGUUGAAAAAGUAGCAAAAUUACAAACGGAUCUUAACUCAUUUUUUGAGAAGAGAGCAGGAGAAACAUUGUUGAAAGCGGAAGUAGGAAGUGUAUGUUGUACCCAGUACGUUGAUGGUGGAUGGUACAGAGGGAUGGUAACGUCAGUUUCGGGAGGCAAGGCAGAAGUAGCUUUCGUUGAUUUUGGAGACUCUGUGAUGAAAUCGGUAAAUGAUUUGAAAGUGCUUCCACCUAGUUUAUGUGGUCUCCCUCAACAGUGUAUUCUGUGCAAGAUCGUUAAUCUACCACAAUCUGCUGGACCAGACAAGCUAGAAAAACUGGUCAACAAGAGAGUUGAAGUUAAACUAAAUAGGAAAGAAGAUGGUAUGUAUCCAACAUAUGGAACAGAGAUUACAGACAGACAAGUUAUUGACCAAUUACAGGAUGCUCCAGUCUCGCGCCCAGCGGUUUUUAAAGGUGCAAGUAGUAGAACAUUUGGUCGUGCACAGAAGGAUGACAUGUCAGUGACUGGGCUGAGGAAUAUGUCUGGAAGGAAACCAUCUGGAGAUGGUUACUCCCAACAAGAAGUUGCGGUCAAUUCCACACAAGAGGUUAUGGUCACAUAUGUGAAAGAUCCAAACAGCUUUCAGGUUGUUCUGGAGAAAAUGAAUACCAGCUUAGAUGUUGUGAUGGAUCAGUUACACGAGUAUUAUGAUAAACUUGCACCAGGGUCAGAUAAGUUAGAGAAUCCCAUACUAGGUCAGCCAUGUAUUGCACAGUUCACUGAAGAUAAAGGAUGGUACAGAGCUGUUAUCACAGGUUUGAAGGCAGAUGGUCAAGCUGAGGUGAUGUAUGUUGACUAUGGCAACAAUGAGUAUACAGACAAGGAUGCUCUUAAGCAGAUCAAACAGCAGUUCUUGUCACUUCCUGCCCAGGCUGUCCAGUGUCGGCUUUCUGGUGUGUCGUCCCCACAGGGAUUCUGGUCCCCAGAGCACAUAGUUCAGUUCACGGAAAUGGUUGAGGAACAGUCGUUUGUAGCAACAUUUAAAGCUGAACUUCGUGAUCAGGGAAACCUCAUGUACAAAGUAGAACUGGUUGACAAGAAAGGCACAAACAUUAACCAGAAGUUUGGUACUAUGACUGGAACAACCUGCCCUGAAACAGACAGUGGUCCUUCAUCUAGAUCUGUCUCAGCUUCUAAACUUGGACAGGCCAUGAAAAUCACUGUCACAGGUAGUGAAGAUUCUGGUUGGGAUGAAGGUGGAGACUCGGGCUUUGGGAACAAACCAAGAUCUUUUGGUUCUAGCAGACAGCCUAGUGGAGGAAGUAGUGGAUUUGGAGCAAGGUCCAGUGGAUUUGGAUCGAAGCAGAGCUCUUCUGGUGGGGACAGUGGCUGGGAAGAAAGUGGAUCUGGGGGAGGAUCUUCUGGAUUUGGCAGCAAGAAACCUUUUGGAAGUAGCAGCAGUGGAGGGGGUGGAUUUGGGAGUGGAGGUGGUGGUAGUGGCUUUGGGAAAUCUACAGGAUUUGGAUCAAGUGGUGGAUCUGACUUUGGAGGUGGCGGUACUGGUAGUAAAGACUGCUUCAAGUGCGGGGAAUCUGGACACUUUUCGAGGGAAUGCCCAAAUGCUGCAAAAGGUGGUGCUGGAGGAGGUAGAGACUGUUACAAGUGUGGAGAAAGUGGACAUAUGGCAAGGGAUUGUACUAACCCUCCUAAAGCAGGUGGUGCUGGAGGAGGUAGAGACUGUUACAAGUGUGGAGAAAGUGGGCACAUGGCCAGGGAUUGUACUAACCCUCCUAAAGCAGGCGGAGGUGGCGGAGGAGGGAGAGACUGUUAUAAAUGUGGAGAAUGUGGACACAUGGCCAGAGAUUGUACUAAUCCUCCUAAAGCUGGAUUUGGUGGUGGAGGUGGAGGUAGAGACUGUUACAAGUGUGGAGAAAGUGGACACAUGGCUAGAGAUUGUACUAACCCUCCUAAAGCUGGAUUUGGUGGUUCAGGAGGUGGUAGAGACUGUUAUAAGUGUGGAGAAAGUGGACACAUGGCCAGAGAUUGUACUAACCCUCCUAAAGAGGGUGCAGGACCAAAAAGGGGAUUUGGAGGGGGUGGUGACAGAUCCAGUGGUGGUGGAUUUGGGAACAAGAGUGGAGGGUUUGGAGCCCGAGCUGAUACCACAUCUGAAGACUGGGGUGAUGGGACAAGCAAAGGCAGUUCCAGUGGAGGGUUUAGCUCUAGAGGUGGUGGCGGCUUUGGAGGUAGAGGUGGAGAUGGUGCAUCUCAUGGAGGUGGGUUUGGAAGUAAGCCGGGAGAUUCUGGAAGAGGGUUUGGUGCCAGAGGUGGAGGAGGAUUUGGAACUAAAUCUUCAGAAGAUGAUUGGGGCAGUGGUGAUAGCAGUAGCAAGUCAGCUGGUGGGAGCAGUGGAAAGAGAAGCGGUUUUGGAGGUGAUGGUACAGGUUUUGGUCGUCAGUCAAGUGGUUUCGGGAAGAGGGAUAUAGGUGGUGGUGGUGAUGAUUGGGACACAAAAGCAUCUCCAGUUACCAGUCAGAUAACUAGUCAAGCUGGGGAUGGUUCAGGUACCAGCAGGAAAGGAAAAGAUGUUGUAUUCUCGUCACUGACAUUGGAUACAAGAGAGACUGUUGAUGUUUAUGUAGUGUAUGUAACAAACCCCGAACAGUUCUGGUGUCAGAUAAUGAAGAACUGUCCAAGUCUAGAACAACUCAUGGAAGAAAUGAACAUGUUUUAUAACAGUUUACCUGAAGGUGAUUUGAGUCUAGAGAGACCAGAGAUUGGGAUGCCAUGUGCGGCCAAGUUUUCGGAAGAUAACAUGUGGUACAGAGCAGAAAUUAUCACUCCAUCUCAACUGAAUGUUGAGGUUCAGUUUGUUGAUUACGGAAAUAUUGAGACUGUGGCAGCAGACAGAUUAAAACAACUGAAGCCAGAGUUCAUUGCUCUAAAAACACAAGGGAUUAAAUGUGGCCUAGAUGAUAUUGUUUCAACUGAUAAAAUCUGGACUAAAAAGGCAAUAGAAGACUUUGAAGACCUUACGCAUGACAAGCAUCUUGUUGCAAAAGUGAUCAAUAGAACCUCUGAUAUGACCCACAUACUUGAUCUUGAAAAUCUGGACGAGAAGAAGAAUAUUGCGGAAGUUAUGUGUGAGAAAGGGUAUUGCAGAUUCAGAAGUAUGAAAUCAUCACCAGUAAAACAACAGAUAGUGAAAAACCCAUAUCCAUUACCGAGUUUACAGUCCGGGCAGGAACUUGAUGUUUAUGUGUCAUGGAUUGAAAAUCCUGAAGAGUUCUGGAUCCAACCUGUCAGCCAAGAAAAUGAAUUGAUUGAGUUUGUUGAGAGAAUACAGGAGCUUACAACAGGUGCUGGAGCAGAUAUUAAAACAGACUCUCUUAUUGUAGGACAAGCUGUUGUUGCCCAGUUUACAGAGGAUGAAGCUUGGUACAGAGGAUAUGUGGAAAAGUUGACAGGUGGUAAAUGUAAAGUGCGGUUCACUGACUAUGGCAACUCUGAUAUGGUAGAGUCUGUCCGUAUUCCAACAGAUGAACUAUUAAAGGAAAGUUCUCAUGCUCUAAUGUGUAAACUUGUUGGGGUUCGACCUUUACAAGCUGGACAGUGGACUGCUGAUGCUAGAGAUAUUAUGGAUGGUUUAGUUAAAGAUGAAGUAGUUAAGUGUAAAGUUGUGGAUAUCUCUAAGGGACACUUUUCAGUUGAACUGGUUUCUAAAGGAGUGGAUGUUCGACAAGAAUUGAUCCAAGCAGCUGUAGUGAGAGGCGAAAAAGAGACAUCACCAGUGGUAAGUGUUGGUUCAGCAAAGUCAUCUGGGCAAACCCUAAGAUACAGUAACCAGGUACAACUGAAUGUAGGCACAACUGAAGGUGUGUUUGUCUCUCACACUGACUCUGUGGCAAGUUUUUGGUGCCAGCCUGUGAAAACUGCUGCCAAGUUGGAAGAUGUAAUGGCACAGUUAGAAACCUAUUGUAAAUCAGGAACAGGUUUACAGGAUUUCCCAAUGGACAUGGCCUGUGCUGCUAAAUUCAGUGAGGAUGAUAGCUGGUACAGAGCCAAGGUAACAGCUGCCUACCCAGAUAGCAUAGAGGUAUUGUUUGUAGACUACGGUAACACGGAGAAGGUCCUUAAAUCAGAUGUUUGUGAACUGACAGAAGAACUGGUACAACUGCCCCCUCAGGCCGUCGAAUGCGAAUUAAUGAACUCCAGCAAAGCAAGUAAUCAGUUGACUACCAAGUUUACAGAAUUAAUUGGUGAACAAGAGGUUCAGGCAACAGUUGUUGACUUACUAGACAAUAGUGCUGUAGUACAUUUAACGUUGCCAUCAGGGAAGGAUGUAGGAGAAGAGUUGGGUUUGUCUGAACCGGGAUCUACCCCAAAGGCUUCCCCUGUUAGACCUGCAGUAGUAGCUGCAUCUAGUCAGAAAUCAGAACAAAAAGUGUUAGUGUACCCUCGGACAGAGAUGCCCACUGAACCUACUUUGGUAUUUGUCACUCAGAUAAUUAAUGCGGGUGUGUUCUACAUUCAGCAGGCUGAUAAAGAAAGUCAAUUGAACAAGCUAAUGGCUGAAAUAUCAAAAUACUGCCAGACAGAAGCCCAAAACAUUCUAUCACCUAAAGUUGGCGAGGCAUGUUGUGCCAAGUUUUCUGAUGAUGGUUGUUGGUACAGAGCUAAGAUAGUCAAGAUUGAUGGUAACAACUGUAGUGUGGAAUUUGUAGAUUAUGGGAACUUGGAAGCAACAACAUUUGAUAAUAUAAAAUCAAUUACUGAACCAUUUGUUGAAGCAGCACCAUUUGUUUUGCAGUGUAGCCUUGAAGGUAUUGUGCCAAUGGAUGUUGAUUGGUCUGAAGAUUCUGUCAAGAAAUUUGAAGAAUUAGCAGUAGGAAAAGAUCUGAGUUGUGAAGUAGUCCAAGGAUCAGAGGUGAUACUGAAAUGUGAUAAUACUGACAUAGCUGAAGCUUUAGUUGAGAGUGGAGUAGCAAAGAGGGUAGAAGGAAGCACAAGAGCAACAAGUAAGACUCCAGGUAAACAUCUGUCAUACAAUAAGGUAACAUUACCUGUGCAGACUGUAGAUGUUUAUGUAAGUCAUGUAAUCUCUCCGGGAGAUUUCUUUGUGCAGUUAGUGGACCAGGAAGAAAAGCUUAAUCAGUUGAUGGAAAAAAUAUCACAGAUAUACGAGUCGUCUGCAGAUAGUCUGAAAAUAGAUACUGUGUUACAAGGUCAAGCAGUAUGUGCUAAAUAUUCUGAAGAUGAGGCCUGGUAUAGAGCUGAAGUUACACAAAUUGAAGGAAAUAAAGUAACUGUACUAUUUGUAGACUAUGGAAAUUCUGAGGAAACAACUAUUACAAAUCUGAGACAACUGGAAGAUGAUAUUGCAGAAAUUCCACCAUAUGCAGUCAGAUGUAACUUGGACAAAGUAAAACCAGCACAAGGAGAGUGGAGUGAGGAGUCUGGAGUGUAUUUUGAAGCUCAUACAUCGGAGAAAGUACUACAGUGUCAGUUCUUAACUGGAAGCAAUGUUUGUUUGAUACUGGAUAGUUCAAAUGUUGUUGAUGCACUGCUGGAGAAAGGUUAUGCUUGUGUAAUAGCUGAAAUAGAAUCUCCCAGUAAACAAAAAGGACAAUUUACAUUACAGACUGUUCCAGCUGACAGUGUAUCAUGCUAUGUUUCACAUGUGGAUGACAGUGGAACUUUAUAUAUACAACUAGUAUGCGAGGAAGACACACUCAGUACUGAGGUUGAUAAGGUACAGACACUAGAAUCUAACAAACCAUUGGACAUUGAAGCAGUGAAGAAAGGAGACUUAGUUUGUGCAAGGUUUACAGAAGAUCAGAGUUGGUAUAGAGCUGUUGUGACAUCUACAUGUGAUGAUUAUGUUACGGUUAGGUUUGUGGAUUAUGGAAAUAGUGAUGAAGUGAAGCAGACGUCUGACUUGAGGGCUUUACCAGAAGAUCAUCAAGUAACACCACCACUGGCUUAUGCAUGUGGACUUCAAGGGCUGAAGAAACUGAACAGUAGUCAGGUCGAGUUACUGCGAGAAGUGACAGCAGAUAAAGAGCUUACAGUCACCUUCAUUACAAGUUCACCACAAUAUGAAGUACAACUAGAGGACGAGAACCACCAAGAUAUUGCACAGAUACUCACUGGAGAAUCAGACAAGCAGGUUGAAGAAUGUGGAACAGAAGAUGACCAUGUAGAAGUUCAAGUGGAAUCUGCAGAAGUUCCUCAAGACACAGAUGUUCAAGGCACAGUUCCAGAUGUCAACAUUGAUGAUAUCACAGACAAAAUAAAUGAACUGGAAAGUGAAAAACUGGCUGUUGAGCAGAGAGUUAAAGUUGUAGUUAGUCAUUCUGAAUCUCCUUCCAAAUUUUGGGUUCAGUUAGAAAAUGAAAAGGUGAAACUGGAUAAUUUGCUGAUCACAAUGUAUGACUUCUAUAAUGCUUGUACUGACAGUCAAUUGUCAGUAGAGUCAGUUAUAAAAGACAUGUUAGUUGCUGCACUGUAUCCAGAGGAUGAGUCUUGGUAUCGUGCACAGGUUGUUAACUGUGAUAACAAAGACCAAGUGGAAGUGGUAUUUAUAGAUCAUGGAAACACUGAGGUUAUUGCUAGUGGCUCUCUUCGGAAACUUCCUACACAGUUCUGUGAACUGCCAAUACAAGGUUUGGAAUGCUGUCUGGGAGCAGUACAACCUAGCCAGGAAGACUGGAGUGAGGAGGUUAAAGAAGCAUUUACACAACUUACAGCAGAUAAAGUGCUUUUACUUGAUGUAGGGAGUAUAGAUGAGCAAGGUGUGUACAAGGUUCAGCUGCUAGACAUGGGUAUGUCUAUAGGUGAUCAGUUACUACAGAAAGGUAUUGGUGUACAGAUAGCCACUCCAGUAGCUGUCAGUACUAAGGUGAAACAAGUCUUCUCUCCCGACACCACUGAGGAUGUUAUAGCCAGGCUAUAUGCUGCUAAAUCUUCUACAGCUCUUGGCCAGUACGGGUACAAGUUGAGAGAUUUAGCUGAGGCAGAUCCCACCAUAUCGAGUCAUAAUGUCUUGGUUACCUCCAUCAGUAGCCCAGUAGAUUUCUGGUGUCGCCUUCAAGACAACUCGUAUGACUUCUAUCAAGAUAAAUUACAGGAGAUUUACUGUGAGAACAGGGAACAACUGACUGACAUAAGUAAAGGGAACAAAUGUGUUAUAUCUGUCGAAGAUAAAGAAUAUCACAGAGGAGCAGUCCUGGGCAAAUCUGAUAAUGGAGUGGAUGUUAAACUUGUAGAUAUAGGAAAGAGUGUAACAGUGUCUGAAUCAAAUGUGUUUAAACUAAUGCCCGAGUUUGACGCUUACCCGCAGUUAGCCUUUUGUUGCUCGUUCACUGGUAUGGUACCUGUAAAUGAUGAUAGAUUCACAGAGGAAGCAUGUAAAGUUUUUAAAGAUACAGUUCUUGAACUGAGUAAAGAAAUGGAACUUCCAGCUUCGGCUAAAGCUACUGUAGUGAAAGAAAAUAAUGGAAUAAUUCUUGUAGAGUUGACUAUAGAUAGAAAGGAUAUUGCAGAAUCUCUGGUGGAAAAAGGAAUUGCAAAGUUUGAUGAAUCAACAAAUUUAUCUGUUUUAGAUGACCAAAAUGAGAUUAAUGAUGUUUUGGAAAAUUUUGGUGCUUUUAAAAAUGUCCACUUGGAUAUAGACAAUGACUUUGAUGUUGUAUUGAUAGACUGCUGUGAUAUAAACAGACUGGUAUUUCAUAGUAAUAACAAUUUGUCAGUUAUUGAGGAAAUAGAAAAGUCUGUAGCUGAGGCUGUGUCUGAUAAAGUUGGGGGUGAAGGAAUAGAUGAUUUAACAUCUGGACCAUGCCUUGCAAAAUGUCCAGCCGACAACUUGUGGAAAAGAGCAAAUAUCAGAGGCAUCAGUAAAAACACAGGUGGAGAGAAUACGUCAGAUAUAUAUAAGGUGUUCCUUGUAGAUUAUGGUUCUACAUAUGAGCUGCCAAUAUCGAGUAUCUUACCAAUACCAGACAGUUUGCUGGAGAUCCCAGGUCAGGCUGUCAUAUGUCACCUUGCAGAAAUAGAACCUGUUGAUGGAGAAUGGAAUGAGGAAUGCUAUGAUUUCUUUACAGAACACUAUAUGAGUGAAGAUACCAAAUUGGUAGCAUAUAUCAGCAGUUACAACAGAGGUAUCCAUGAAAUGUUUCUUUCGUCAAGAAACCAGGGUGAACAAUCAGUAAAUCAUUUACUUGUAGACCUAGGAAUGGCUGCCCCAGUUGUUGGCUCACAGAUUGAGAUGUCUAUUCUAGCAGAUACAGCAGAGACGUCUUUCCAUGAGUUGUCUAUGUCCAGGCAAGACUCAUAUGGAGACAGUUCUGAGUUAGGAGAGACGUCAUAUGAACCAGAGUCAUCCUAUCUUGCCGAGACAUCUGUUUUGACCGAGGGCGAUACAUCUUGCUUAACUGAAAGUGACACUUCCAGAUUUCCAGAGGGUGAUACCUCAUGUUUGACAGCGGAAGAUACCUCCUAUUUAACUGAGGGUGAUUCUUCAUGUUUGACAGGGGUAGAUACGUCAUGUGUAACUGAAGGAGAUACUUCACAGUUAACUGAGGGAGAUACUUCACAGUUCACCGAGGGAGAUACUUCACAGUUCACCGAGGGAGAUACCUCACAAUUCACUGAGGGAGAUACUUCACAGUUCACCGAGGUAGAUACCUCACAGUUCACUGAAGGAGAUACUUCACAGUUCACCGAGGGAGAUACUUCACAUUUCACCGAGGGAGAUACCUCACAAUUCACUGAGGGAGAUACUUCACAGUUCACCGAGGUAGAUACCUCACAGUUCACUGAGGGAGAUACUUCACACUUCACUGAGAGAGAAACAACUGAUGAUAUAUCGAUCAAUACCUUAGAUGGAACACACUGGGUUUGUGAAGAUUGCUCAGGGGUGAAUGAAGUAGAUGAACCCAUGGUAGAAUGUCAGCAUUGUCACAGUGUGAAGAAAGAGAAUGAAUCUGUAGAUUUACAGCAAGUUGUGAGGGAAGAAUUGUUUAAGAUACAUGAAAACUUACAACAGGUUGAAGAAAGUUCUGACAGAAGCAGUGUAAAUGAAGAUAUUUAUGGAAAUAUUAUUGAAAGUCUAGAAGAUGUGACUAGAGAGAUUAAGGACUUGGAAAAGAGCAAUUUAGAAGAAAGUAAAUACUCUACAAGUGAUGUAGAUCCAAGAAGCACUGAAGAGAGUGACAUUGAUAUAAGCUACAGACAGUUUGAUUACAGUCCAACUGGAUAUACUACAAGUGAACUUGAUACUACUGACCUGAAAGAGGUAGAUGAAAGUACUGAUACAGCAGAUUUUGAUACAACUGAAUUGACUGAUUAUGAUACUACUGGCAUUGAAGGGGGAGGGGAAGACUUGAGUACAUAUGAGGAGAAAGAUUUUGACACAAGUAUUGAUAAAAGAAAACAUGAAUCUGAUGAAGAAAAUGGUGUCAAAAAGCUUAAAAUAGACCCAGUUGUGACAGAUGUAGACAUCUGUAAGGAAGUCAUACUGGUUGAUGAAAACAAAUCAGAAAUUGAGAAUAAUGAACAUAAUAUUGCACCUGCCAGAGAUACAGACUGUAUGUUAAAGGAGGAUAAAAUGCCUUUAUUUGUUCCAAUUUCACUCUCAAGUGCAGUAGUUACAAAGAUUUCACAAGGCAGUGUUUCAGACCAAACAUUCCCAAGUGUAUCAGACACAACUUACCCAAGUACUUUAACUAGUGUGUCAGACUUCACAUUUACCAGCGCAUAUGACACAAGUCAAACUGACAGUAUGAUCUGCGGAGAUUGCAAGCAGGAUUUUUCCUCAUGCCUAGAAACGACUGGGUGUGAGUCAGAAUUUUCGUUUUAUUUAUGUUCAGUAUGUCAGCAGGAUAGAAUAAGUAAGAACUCCGAGUCAGAUAAAUUAGAUGCAAAUUCAGUUGGAGAAAAAGUGGUUGUUCAAUAUAUUGAGCAUGAUGAAAACGUGCAGCGGAUGAUUGAAGUAGCCAACGAAGUAUUUGCAGAAGAGGAAAACAGGGAAAUUGAUGAUGUUUACUGUCAAACUGCAAAAGGUUCUGAGCUAUCUGGAAAUAAAGAUUUGAAUGAUAAUGAAAUAAUUUGUGAUGAAAAAGAUGAUGCUGUUGACGAAGCAAACGUAGGUUCAGUCAAUGAUGCUAGGAAUGAAGAUCUAGUACCUGGAGAUACAUCAUAUGAAAAUGAAGAGUCUAAAAACACUGAUGGCACUGCUGUGAAAAGUGAGGAAACAAUAAACGUAACAUAUGAAGAUACAGUGAAUGUGCCAAAAGAAGUUAUACCAAUAGAUGAUGCCAGUCCAGUUCCAUUGUCACCAAGUGGUACUGAUGUAGAUGCCAUCUUAUGUCAAGAAUAUCCAGAUGGAAACAUAGAAGGCGGAACAUCAGAAUCACCUACUGAAGAACAGUCUUUCAUAGGAAAGCUUAUUUCAUUAGUUGUUCCUGGCAAAAGUCAAAAGAACACAGAAAAGGAAUUGAAGAAAUGUAUUGAUGAUGGUUAUGAUGAAGAUACAAGUAAUAGCUUAAAUGACAGCAGUGUUGACCCAGACUUGAAUGAUUUUAAUUUAGAUAAUGGACAGGAAGAAGAUACUUGUAAUACUUUAGGAGUUAAUGGUUUUGGUGAAAAAUCUGGAAAUGAUUGCCUGAGCUAUUGCAUUGAGGAACAUUCAGAAGUCUGUUCUGAAGAUACCAUAGAAGCAUUUGGCACUUGCAAUGUUAAUGAAAUUGAAAUAAAAGGACUAUCUACCAGUGAGGCAGAGGAUAUGGUAAACAUUGCAGCUGUCUUAAACGUGGCAAGUGAAAAACCUGUUAUUUGUGAAGCUGUUACCAGUAAUGAUGAGGAAUGUAUGUUUGAGGAUAAAGGAGGUACAGAUGAUAACUAUACUGCAGUUAUGAAGUUGCUUGUGGAUGAUCUUUGUGAUCAAGUAGCUACAGGACACUUUAAUGAAGAUUGUAAAAAGAGCUCUGUUGAUGCAACAAACAAAUUCUCAGGAUAUUUGACUGAGGAAAAAAUUGAUGAAGACACACAAUAUGUGAGAGAGGAAGUGAAUAAAGAAGAAUUAGAUAAUCAUCAUAAAGCUGAGAGCUGUCAAUUUGAAGUUCUGACCAUGUUAGAAACUGAAGUAAAGAAUAUCAAUGUAGACACACUUCAGGAAAAGGCAGGUAAAACACCUUGUGAAAUUGAUGAAUUUAAGAUACACAGUGAGUCAGAGCUGGCAGUGCUUGAAAAUGUAGGCCCUAAAGUGGAAGAAUGUUCCAAUUUCUCAGAGCAGGAAAAUGGGAGAAUGAUAAAUUUUCAGCAUUGUUUAAAUGAAGGAAAUACAUCAGGUAAUGGAAAUAUGGAGAGAGAAAAUACAGAAAAUUUAUCUGGAUUAGAUGAAAAAGACCCUCCAAAGGACACAGAGACAAAGAAAAAUGAAAUGGGAACAACCAGUGAGGUUAACGAAGCUUAUAAAUCUGCAGAAGUCUCAAAAAGGCUUGACACUGAACACUUCAUAGACACAAAAAUGUCCAGUUCUUUUUCAAACAUAUAUGAACAUGAAAUAAAAAGUACUGUGGAGGAUCUUGUAACCAAAACUGAAAAUGAGGGAGAAAUUGAUGUAACAGAUGUGUGUGACAAUGCAUAUGAAGUACCCAAAAGUGAUAACCUUACUGAUAUAUUAGAUAGUUACCCUGAUAAUCCAACAGAAACAGCAGAUGGUCAGUACAUUUCAGAGGGAAAGACAGAUGAAAAAUCUGCGAUGAUUUCCAAGACUGAAGAUGUGGAACAUGAAGAGAGUGGUGAAAAUGAGAAGUGUGAAGAGAGGGACAAGGAUGUGGAGUGUGAAGACAGGGACAAGGAUGUGGAGUGUGAAGAGAGUGACAAAGAUGACUUCGAAGAUGCCCAUGAGACUGAGGAAAAUACAGAUAGUGUUGAUAUGUCUGAGGAUCUAAACACAUCAAGUCAGGAUAAAGAAUCAAUUGAAACUGGUGACAACGAGUCAUUUUAUGAUGCUGAUGAAGAAGACAAAAAAGAGUGAAAUUCUAAGGACACAGUGGAAAAAAAGAUCAGAAUUGCAACAUUAUUCAUUUUAAGUUGUUCAUUGCUUUUUAAUAACAGAAGGGAGAAAAGAUUGAUAUGCCUUCUUCAUUAAAGUGCUUUAAUUGGUCUUGCAAUAUUUGUUGUGAGUAUAUGUAAUUGGCAUAGUUGAAAGUUUGUUGUUAAGAGGGUUGUUAAAAAUUUAAUGAUGGAAAGAGUGUUUUUUAACAGUUAAGUGGCUUUUGUAAUUAUUACAGAGAUUGUCAGAUUUAGAAUUGUAAAGUGAUUUGGGCAGGUUGCGAUAUGUUUUUGACCCUUGUUGAUUUAUGUUUCCAGUGCUUAAAAGUUGCAGAGGUUUUAAAUUUGAGUGAUUGCUACAUGUUUAGGAUAUAAACAUUGACUACCUUGUAAUUAUAUGUAAAUAGUAAAUAAUUAUUCUAGUAUUUAGAGACAUAAUUUGGGGAUGUCAACUUCGUUAUAUUAAAUCAUUGUGUUCACCAGAUUGUUUACAGUGUAAAAGAAAAGUAUAUAAAAAUGAAGCUGAAACAAAUAUUAACAUGUACAAACCUAGUCAGAAGUUGGACUAUUAUUAUGUUGUCUCAAACUACCGAGGAGACACUCAGUGUGGGUUACUGGUCAUCUGUGAACUAUAUGAUGGCAGUAUUUUCUACCAUGUCAACUCAAGGUCAGUGUCAUUUUAGCACAUCUGAUUUUGGGGGGGGGGGGGGGGAGUUAUUGUCACUUGAUCGGUGUCGUCAUCGGCGUUGCCUGGUUAAGUUUUAUGUUUAGGUCAGAUUUUCUCCUAAACUAUCAAAGCUGUUGCUUUAGAACUUGCAACACUUGUUGACCAUCAAUAGCUGACUCUGUACAGCAAGAAACGUAACUCCAUCCUGCUUUUUGCAAGAAUUAUGGCCCCUUUUGGACUUAGAAAAUAUCAGGUUUUGCGUUUAGGUCAACUUUUCUCAACGGUCAAAGCUAUUGCUUUAAAACUUGGAGCAGUUAUUCCCCAUUAAAAGCUGACACUGCACAACAAGUACUGUAACUCUACAUUGCUUUUUUGCAAGAAUUAUGGCCCCUUUUGGAUGUAGAAAAUUAUGGGUAGGACAGUAUUUCUAUUAUACAGAGACAGGAAAAAAAUCAGAUCUGCACCUGCAAGGCAGUGCUCUUGUUUGUACUAGGACCAGAAAUCCAUAUUAACCAUUUCAUACCAUUCCAGUUAAAUAAAAUGGAAUAGGGAGACAAACUAUCUUCUUUUUUUCUUCAAUGUAAUAGAAUUACUAAAGAACUGAUGUUUUUUUAGCUCACCUGUCACAAAGUGACAAGGUGAGCUUUUGUGAUCGCGCGGUGUCCGUCGUUCGUCAGUGCAUGCGUGCGUCCGUAAACUUUUGCUUGUGACCACUCUAGAGGUCACAUUUUUCAUGGGAUCUUUAUGAAAGCUGGUCAGAAUGUACAUCUUGAUGAUAUCUAGGUCAAGUUCGAAAGUGGGUCAUGUGCCCUCAAAAACUAGGUCAGUAGGUCUAAAAAUAGAAAAACCUUGUGACCUGUCUAGAGGCCAUAUAUUUCACAAGAUCUUCAUGAAAAUUGGUCAGAAUGUUCACCUUGAUGAUAUCUAGGUCAAGUUCGAAACUGGGUCACGUGCCUUCAAAAGCUAGGUCAGUAGGUCUAAAAGUAGAAAAACCUUGUGACCUGUCUAGAGGCCAUAUAUAUCACAAGAUCUUCAUGAAAAUUGGUCAGAACGUUCACCUUGAUGAUAUCUAGGUCAAGUUCGAAACUGGGUCACGUGCCUUCAAAAACUAGGUCAGUAGGUCAAAUAAUAGAAAAAACCUUGUGACCUCUCUAAAGGUCAUAUUUUUCAUGGGAUCUGUAUGAAAAUUGGUCAGAAUGUUCAUCUUGAUGAUAUCUAGGUCAAGUUCGAAACUGGGUCACGUGCGGUCAAAAACUAGGUCAGUAGGUCUAAAAAAAGAAAAACCUUGUGACCUCUCUAGAGGCCAUAUAUUUCAUGAGAUCUUCAUGAAAAUUGGUCAGAAUGUUCACCUUGAUGAUAUCUAGGUCAAGUUCGAAACUGGGUCACGUGCCUUCAAAAACUAGGUCAGUAGGUCUAAAAGUAGAAAAACCUUGUGACCUGUCUAGAGGCCAUAUGUAUCACAAGAUCUUCAUGAAAAUUGGUCAGAACGUUCACCUUGAUGAUAUCUAGGUCAAGUUCGAAACUGGGUCACGUGCCUUCAAAAACUAGGUCAGUAGGUCAAAUAAUAGAAAAAACCUUGUGACCUCUCUAAAGGUCAUAUUUUUCAUGGGAUCUGUAUGAAAAUUGGUCUGAAUGUUCAUCUUGAUGAUAUCUAGGUCAAGUUCGAAACUGGGUCACGUGCGGUCAAAAACUAGGUCAGUAGGUCUAAAAAAAGAAAAACCUUGUGACCUCUCUAGAGGCCAUAUAUUUCAUGAGAUCUUCAUGAAAAUUGGUCAGAACGUUCAUCUUGAUGAUAUCUAGGUCAAGUUUGAAAGUGGGUCAUGUGCCCUCAAAAACUAGGUCAGUAGGUCAAAUAAUAGAAAAACCUUGUGACCUCUCUAGAGGCCAUAUUUUUCAUGGGAUCUGUAUGAAAGUUGGUCUGAAUGUUCAUCUUGAUGAUAUCUAGGUCAAAUACGAAAGUGGGUCACGUGCCUUCAAAAACUAGGUCAGUAGGUCAAAUAUUAGAAAAACCUUGUGACCUCUCUAAAGGCCAUAUUUUUCAUGGGAUCUGUAUGAAAAUUGGUCUGAAUGUUCAUCUUGAUGAUAUCUAGGUCACUUUCGAAACUGGGUCAACUGCGGUCAAAAACUAGGUCAGUAGGUCUAAAAAUAGAAAAACCUUGUGACCUCUCUAGAGGCCAUACUUGUGAAUGGAUCUUCAUGAAAAUUGGUCAGAAUGUUCACCUUGAUGAUAUCUAGGUCAAGUUUGAAACUGGGUCACGUGCCUUCAAAAACUAGGUCAGUAGGUCAAAUAAUAAAAAAAACCUUGUGACCUCUCUAGAGGCCAUACUUUUCAUGGGAUCUGUAUGAAAGUUGGUCUGAAUGUUCAUCUUGAUGAUAUCUAGGUCAAGUUUGAAACUGGGACAACUGCGUUAAAAAACUAGGUCAGUAGGUCUAAAAUUGUUAAAAUCUUUUGACCUCUCUAGAGGCCAUAUUUUUCAAUGGAUCUUCAUGAAAAUUGAUCUGAAUGUUCACCUUGAUGAUAUCUAGGUCAGUUUCGAAACCGGGUCACAUGCGGUCAAAAACUAGGCCAGUAGGUAUAAAAAUAGAAAAACCUUGUGACCUCUCUAGAGGCCAUAUUUUUCAUGAGAUCUUCAUGAAAAUUAGUGAGAAUGUUCACCUUGAUGAUAUCUAGGUAAAAUUCAAAACAGGGUCACGUACCUUCGAAAACUAGGUCAAUAGGUCAAAUAAUAGAAAAACCUUGUUACCUGUCUAGAGACAAUAUUUUUCAUGGAUCUUCAUGAAAAUUGGUCAGAAUUUUUAUCUUGAUAACACUUAGGUCAAGUUCAAAACUAGGUCACUAUGUCAAAUAAUAGAGAAAACGAUGUCAUACUCAAAACUGGGUCAUGUGGGAAGAGGUGAGCGAUUCAGGACCAUCAUGGUCCUCAUGUUAGAAAUUACGAUUCUUACAUGUUAAAUAAUGGGUAGUUUUCGACGUUACCUACACUGUUGCCUUUUUUAAAACUUUAUAGAUAUACAUUGUAUGUUUCUUUUAUCACCUAUACAGAUGUUUCAACUUGAAGUUUAUUUUUCCCAAUUUAAAGUUUUUGAGCGAGUUGCUUGAACUUCGAAAUACAAGCUGACAGAAAUUUAGUCUACAGUUCUUUACUGAGCGGGUUCGCUUAGUGUUUUUAAGAUUAAAAUUUUUGAUUUUGAUAGUUUGUUAAUAGGUAACGUGAUAUUAAAUUGCUCAUUUUUACAUUUUGAUUAUAUUACCUUGAUUACUUCUCCAGUUCAGUUUUCUAUUUGCCAUAUCAAGUAUUUCCAGAUUCUCUUAAUUAACGUGCAUCUGUAUAGUUUCCAGCCCCAAAAGUGUUGGGAUGUACUUAGAUUUGCAUCCAUCCAUCAAAUUUUUGUAUUCAUAUCUCGAGAACCUCGGAGAAGUAUUUGACAUAGUCAUCAAACCCCACCGAUUGUUAUUCAGCUACGCAUCAGCAUAUUUGGGGAGGGGAAGAUUUCUCUCGGCCAGACCAGAUUUAUUUACCAUGGCUUAGUCAGAAUAGAAAAGGUUUUGUUGCAUGUAUUUUUAAAAAGUAUUUGACCUCGAGUUAUGAAACAGAGGACUGAUUAUAACAUUUGAAGUUGUACACUUGGUGUUCUGUUUGGGGUUUUACUCUGCCAGACCAGAAUUAUGGUCCUAGACAUAGUCAAAAGAAUAUGCGUAAAGGACUGUUUGUAUCGCUUAUAUAUCAAAAUGCAUUUGACAUGGAGUCAUGAAGCUUUAAGAAAUGUUGUUCAGCAUAUGAAGUUGUGUACCAUGGGAUUUAACCACCAUCCUAAAAAAAUGUUUUAGCUCACCUGCGCUGUUAAAGUAUGUGUAUUUUCCGGUGUUCGUCGUGCACCAUCCUCAGUUUACAUAAAUUCUUCUCCCUUAAAACUAGUAAUCAGAAUUACCCAAGGCUCGGUCUGAAGCAUCCUGGAAAGUGGUUCCACUUGACAUCUCUUAGACACGGCUAAAGCUAAAAAUAAGAGGUCACUUUAAAUGGCUUCUUGUCAGGAACUCUUACGAUGAAUCUUCAUCAGACUUUGUCUGUAAUAUCAUUAUUUUGUCCUCUUCCAAAUGUGUUCAAAUGGAUGUGCUAGGUCCCCUUUAGGAGAUUGCUAGAGGUAACAAUAAAAAAACACCUUUAUAUGAUCUUCCAAUAAACUGAUAGACGAGUAUUCAUUAAAAUUGGCCUGUAGCAUCAUUGUAAGGUAUUUACCCGAAUUUGUUCAAUUGGUCACACUUUGCUUUUAGGGACCGGUAACUUAUACUAAACACAGUUGUUACUAGACACGUGUACUGGGACAAUUAAGAUCAGGUGAGCUACUUAAGGCCACUAAGGCCCUCUGCUUUAACUUUCAGUUUCUUUCAUAAUUGUGUUACUUGUUAGUUUUGUAGUAUCCAUAACCCCAUCGCCGGCCCAAAGUUAUAUAUAUUAUAUAAGUUUGCUUUGUCUUCUGUUGUCAACAUGAAAAAUAUCGUCACCUCGGCACAAAAAGUGGAUACUGCAUUGAUAUAUAAAAAAGCACGUACCCACAUUUUUGCGCUGCAAUGACGAUAUGAGCAUGACUGUCAACUUUCAGGAAGUGGAGGUACCUACGAACAAAAUCUAGUUUCAAUCUGGAACUUUGUUCAAGUAAUGAAAUCAGAAGUGAUUAGUGGAAGGAGUGAAAUAAUGAUCACUUGAUGUAUUUAGACCGACUUAUCAAUUGUUUUACUUGUGUUUUUUAUCAAGCUUAAGUUUUUGUUGUUAUAAUGCCGGGUAGUCAUUAUGUGGUUGUGUUUUAUAUGCAUUGUGGGUUGUAAGUCAUGUACUGUUUAGAAACAAGUGUUAGGGAUUACAGGUUUGUGCUAUCCGUUACCUGCCAUUACCAUUCGCGGUAACAAGACAAGUUGUUUUCUAGCUCUUAGGCCAAAAUCUCACAAAUUUUUGAAUCAGUUUUCUUGUAAGGUCAAAUGUUUUUAUGAUAUUCAAAUGUUUUUGUUUUAUUUUUCACCAGCUAAUACUAGAGUUGUGGCCCUUUAUUUGAUAAGAAAUACUUCAUAAAUUAUAGGACCUACACGUUUGCGUCAAAAAUAUCUCAAAAAUAAACCAUAAAAUCAGUAUAGGAUUAUUAGUCAGCAUGUGGAGUAUUCACUUUGGGUUUAAGUUUGGAUUUCAGUUUCUUUUAUAUAUAACAUUUCUCUGCUUCCAACACACAUCACCAACCCAAAGUGAUGGGAAUAUUUAGUCAAUGAAGACACACAUCUAGUUAAGAUUAAAUGUUAGAAGUAAUAUUUGGCUCUAGAAAAAAGUGUUUCGCACGUUUACAGUGUAAGCAAGGAUAAAUUCUCACUGCCACUGAUAUUUGCCAGUACAAGUUUCUGUUUAAUAUAAUUUGUUUAAAUUAAUUUGUGUCUGAAAACAUUGAUUCAUGUUGUUAUCAGAGAACAUGUUUGUACUGGUACAGAAUCCAGGAACACUGGUUAUGCUACCUGGCCGCCGUUACAUGACUGAAAUACUGUUGAUUAACGGUGCUUAACCCAAAACAAUAGAUUGUAGAGCAAUGCAUGAAGAUCUGUCUUUAACAGUAAAUAUUGUAUUACAAACGUCAAUUCAUGGGCUUCUGUAGUAAUUGCUGUCUUUUAUAUAAUUUUACUCACCGUACAAAUAGACUAUGCUUGUUUUGAACAACUUAAGAACGUUUGUAAAAGAUGGAUAUCUUUUCUGUAUCAUGAUAAAAGUAAACAAAACUUUUGUUAAUUUCGUUUUAUUACAGCUGCAGGUUUCCACACAAUAUGCUUUAUUACUGCUGUGUUAAAUAUUAAAAGUUUCUGAAUUAG